UCGUCUACCACGGCAUUUUGGAGGAUAACACCCAGAUCGCCGUGAAAAAUUUGCUCAAUAAUAGGGGCCAAGCGGAGAAGGAAUUCAAGGUCGAAGUGGAAGCAAUUGGGCGUGUUCGGCACAAGAAUUUAGUGAGAUUGUUAGGUUAUUGUGCGGAGGGUUCUCACAGGAUGCUAGUUUAUGAAUAUGUCGAUAAUGGGAACUUGGAACAAUGGCUUCAUGGCGACGUUGGACCCACGAGCCCUCUCACGUGGGAUAUCCGCAUGAACAUCAUACUUGGAACAGCUAAAGGGCUGAUGUACUUGCAUGAGGGUCUUGAACCUAAGGUAGUUCACCGCGACGUUAAGUCGAGCAACAUCUUGCUCGAUAAGCAGUGGAAUCCUAAGCUGUCGGAUUUCGGGCUCGCGAAGUUACUCGGAUCGGAGAGGAGCUAUGUUACGACUCGUGUGAUGGGAACAUUUGGUUAUGUAGCUCCUGAAUAUGCCGGCACGGGUAUGUUGAACGAGACGAGCGACAUUUAUAGCUUUGGAAUUCUUAUUAUGGAGAUAAUAUCGGGUAGGAUCCCGGUUGACUAUAACCGGCCUCCAGGAGAGGUCAAUUUGGUGGAGUGGUUGAAGAUAAUGGUCAGUAAUAGAAAUUCCGAGGGUGUUUUGGAUCCAAAAAUGCCCGAAAAACCUUCUUCAAGGGCAUUGAAGAAGGCUCUUUUGGUAGCACUAAGGUGUGUCGAUCCCGACUCGCAAAAGAGGCCGAAGAUUGGGCAUGUGAUUCACAUGCUCGAAGUCGACGACUUCCCUUACCGAGAUGAGCGUCGAACUGCGCGAGUUCCAGGGCAACCGAGAUUGCCGGAAAAACCAGGGAAUGAAGCAGAUGAUAAAACCGAGAACUAAAAAAGUGCGUGUUAGGAUGCGCGGUCUUGUUGAAGACAACAACAAGUUCAGCUACGCGAAUCGCAGAGAUUCAACUUCUCCAAAAUCGACCCCUCAUCGGUUUUUUCUAAAACAAGAGAAAAUACGAAAGUUUCGCGUCCCGAAAUCGACAAUGCAAACUCAGGAAGAUACUAACUAAGUGGCUUUUUAUUUUUAUUUUUUUGGUCUAAGAUCUUGUAAAUUUGCUGCUUCUUGUUUUAUAUAUAUAGUUUUGUGAUCAUCUAAACUGUAUUUGUAUUUAUUAUAUUUUAUUUUUCAUCCUGAUCUUGUUAAGAGAUAUGUGUAUGAUAAAGCUAUUCAUUUUCUCUUUUUAUUCUUGGGUUACUCUUGGAAUAUUAUUAUUUGUUUUUGUUC